UUGCCCCGGCAACUGCAGUCUGAGGAACAGCUUGGCUUUCAGUUGACUCGCUGUGGAUGAAAGCAGACGAGUUGAGGAGAGCAGCAGUCAUCACCGCAUGAACCCGAACUCAAGCGUUUUUGCUCACUUAGGAGGAGUUUUAGUCGAAGAUGAAAGUAUCAGCUGUUAAUAUUUUAGACACGUUUCAAUGUUGUUCACGUUAGGUCAAAAUUCAUUGAGAGGAGCGGUUUUGUGAGGCAGCGUGCUAGUUUUCGUUUGACUGUAUCAGGUCACCUGUUGGACUUGGGCUUGCAGGUAAAAACGGACAUAGGCACUAAAAAUAAAACGUUGACGUUUAGAACAGCCGUUAUGAUUCCUGAAUGUCCACGAACGACCGAGUCCAGAAGCCGAAUUCGGUGUGAAUCCGGUCAGAACCGCUCCGGUUUGCUACACGAGAUCCGAACCGCCAUCAGGAGCGAGCCGUUCACCGAGCACUAUGACGUCAUCCCCGGCAAAGAGCUGGGCAGAGGUAAGUUUGCUGUGGUGAGGAAGUGUGUGGAGAAGAGCACAGGGAAAGUGUACGCAGCCAAGUACAUGAGGAAGAGGAGGAAGGGCCAGGACUGCAGGACGGAGAUCAUUCAUGAGAUCGGCGUGCUGGAGCUGGCGGCGGCCUGUCCGCGAGUCGUCAAUCUCCACGAGGUCUACGAGACGGCCAGCGAGAUGGUGCUCGUUCUGGAAUAUGCUGCAGGAGGGGAGAUUUUUAACCAGUGUGUGGCAGACAGAGACGAGGCCUUCAAGGAGGAAGACGUGAAGAGACUGAUGAGACAGAUCCUGGAGGGAGUUUCCUUCCUUCACAGGAACAACGUGGUUCAUCUGGACCUCAAACCUCAGAAUAUCCUCCUGACCAGCGAGUCUCCUCUCGGGGACAUAAAGGUCGUGGAUUUCGGCCUGUCGAGGCUGAUGAGCAGCAGUCAGGAGAUCAGGGAGAUCAUGGGCACACCGGAGUAUGUGGCACCAGAAAUCCUGAAUUAUGAGCCAAUCAGCACAGCCACUGACAUGUGGAGCAUCGGCGUUCUGGCGUACGUGAUGCUGACGGGAAUCUCGCCGUUCCUGGGAGACGACAAGCAGGAGACCUUCCUCAACAUCUCUCAGAUCAACGUCAGCUACACCGAGGAGGAGCUGGAGCAUCUGGACAGAGCCGCCAUACACUUCAUCAAAUCCCUGCUCAUCAAAGAGCCAGAGAGCCGAGCCACCGCAGAAGACUGUCUCAAACACCACUGGCUUCAGACGGAGGAGCCCGAGCUGAAGGAGGACAGUCCCGAGAGCGUCUCGGAGCCCGUCAGCCCUGCCGCCUCCAGCCACGACGAAGAAGCGGAGGAGGAGAGCGCUCAGGUGACGGAGGAGCUGAUCGUGAUGGCCGCCUACACCCUCGGCCAGUGCCGCCAGUCCUCGGAUAAAGAGAGCCUGACCCCGGACCAGAAGGCCAUCUCCAAACGCUUCAAGUUUGAGGAGCCCUUCUCCGCCCUGCAGGAGGUUCCUGGAGAAUUCAUCUACUGAUCCACUUCACGCCACAGUCCUUCUGUCUGCUCUUUUCUCACCUCAUGAUUUGAACUUGUAAGCCAAACAUUGUUUUCACUGGUUGCUCUUGUUUCUGUUUCUCUGUUUGUGCUGCUUUAUAUUUUCAUGGUUAAGUUACUGAAGCCUUGCUGUGGUUCUCUCACUCUCGUUUUUUCUUUUUUUUUUGGUGCCAUGCUUAAAUAUUUGAUAAGGGUCAAGCUUUUUUGUGACAAUUCCUUUUUGUUUUCUUCUAUUGCAUUUGCCAUGUUUGUACAAAAUGAAUGUUGUUUGUUUUUCUGCAACACGAGGCAAGCAGAAUUUAAUGUAAAUUAAUCCAAUUUUAUUUUAAGAGUAUUUCCAUGUCGUUUAAAAAAAGCCAUUUUGUGUGUUGAUCUCCUGACUGGCCCGUUCAGGUCAUUCCCGGGUAAAGACUUCCACAGCAAUAACACUUCCAUUUACACGCAUAUAUAUAUAUGAAGAUCGUGUGUCUUUCUGUGUGUCUAUUUUAACUCAUGUUAGAGUUAUAACUGUAAAUUGAUUUGUCACUAUAAAGAAUAUUUUUAAUGGCAAUAAAUUUCAAAGUGACUGUCUUGAUGCUGUAAAUAAAAGUUUGUCUCAACUGUC